UUUAAAAUCCAAAUUGCUCGUUUAUGGAGAGGCUUCAUUAUCCAAUUCCCCUAAAUCCAAAUGCCAAAUAUCUACCCAAUUCGAUUUCGAAUGUUCUGUACAGCAUUCAGAAAUUUGAUCAAAGUACGCUUGCUUGGCCGACUUGCCAAAGGAAUACGGGUGUCCUUAUUGGAAAAGUAUUCACUUCGCCACCGGAGGUUCCUUUAGCCGGCAUUGAGUCCUUCGUGUUCCAAAAUAGAAGACAAUGUGCAUCCAGAGGUAAUGCUAGGGAAGUCAAGAAGAAUACCUUUUAUCAAAUUCUUCAAGCCAGCCAAGAUCAGCCAUGCGUUUCACAGAGAUCCACAAUCAAACGUAAAAGCAUCGACGCCAAAUUUAAAUCCGUUUUGAAAGACGACAUCAUUUACAAUGAUAUAUACGACAUAGUGAGGUCUCACACUCAAUACAAAGGACUACCUCAACUUAAAAAGCAACCAGAGCAACAAAAGCCAUUUUCUGUGAGUCCUCCUGUGGUGGAAGUCUAUAAAGUUCGUCCUGUGGCAACUGAAACCAAAGGAGGUAAAGGCAGAUCUUGCAAAUCAACCUCUUUGACAAAUAAACUGCGCGAAAAAACUAAUGAGCUUUCGGAGUCAAAAAGAACAACCCACCAGUCUAAGCCGAAGUUAACAGAAGCAAAGAGUUCGAAGAAAAAGCCAUACAAACUUCAAGAAAAAACGAAUGAGCUUUCGGACUCAAAAAGGACAACGCAUCCGUCUAAACCGAAGUUAAGAGAAGCAAAGAGUUCGAAGAAAAAUGCUUACAAACUUCAAGAAAAAACGAAUGAGCUUUCGGACUCAAAAAAGACAACUCAUCCGUCUAAAUCGAAGUUAACAGAAAAAAAGGGUUCGAAGAAAAAGCCAUACAAACUUCGAGAAGAAACGAAUGAGCUUUCGGACUCAAAAAGGACAACGCAUCCGAUUAAGCCGAACAGUUCAAAGACGCAGUUAUUCACAUUUCAAACAAGGGAAAAUAAGCACAAAGGCAACUCGAAAUCCGAAAAAGACAAAACAAUCCAACAGUUAUGGCCAUUACCGGAUAGAAUUAGAGAUAGAGAGGAUAGAGGACAGAGAAGUAUAAAAAGAGAACCAUUCAAUGCAAGUUCCGAGAUUAAGUCAAAUUUUCCUUCCACCCAGCUUCCAGAUCAAGAUGGUCAAAUGGUCGAAAAGGGUUCCACUGAGGAGCUGGAAAACUUGGAGGAGAAGCCUGAGCAGAGAGCUGAACGGACAAGUGAUAUAAAAAGAAAUUCCAAAGAAGAAUCUGGCAAGAAAAAAAGAAAUUCCAAAGAGGCUUCUAAGCUAAUACCAUUUAAAGCCGAUAAAAAUAUUACAAUAUAUAUUGUUCGAAGAAGAAAUUCAAAAGGGAAAACAGAUAUUUCGCUUCGUAGUAAGCGUUCUGGAACGGAGAUCUAUAGGAUCAAGGAAAUGAAAUUAAAUCAGUCUAAGAAUCGGGAAGAAAUCCUCACAUCAGUACCGAAAAUUACAGAUUCCUAUUUUCUAGGAAGAUCAAAAAAGCGUUUUUAUCAGAACCGGACAUUCGCUUUAGGUCAUUCUAAUAAGAAUAUCUAUGCGCUUAGAGUGAACCACCAAAUUGAAAACACAGCUGAUUCUACAACUGCCAAUAAUUUGCAUAAAAUUAUUAGUAAAAUGUCAAUAACAUCCAAUGAGCUGGGAAUCAACAGCAGUACAGCGCAAGCAAAAGAAAAUAUAGUUUCCAAGUCAAGUGAUUAUCAUCCCUUUAAUAGUAUCCUAAAUGUAGGAAAUGGGCCCAAAACUACUAGAAAACCCACAGGUCAGGCUGAAAUAAUAGCAAAGAAGCUAGAUGAUGGCACUUCACAAUUUUCCGCGCAUAAAACGAAACCGAAAGAUAAUUUUGAAGAGAACACUGCUUAUACAACUCUAUCUACUGAUUACUUAAAGACUAAAACAAAAACGCCAUCUAAUGUGUCUCGAAUAAAACAAAGAUCAAAGUUUUUUCGGCACGAAUCCGUACCUGAAACGCCAAUGAAUUCUAUUGAUGCCGAAGGUGAAUCGUCAGCAGUUUUUCCUUACGAAGAGCAUUCAAAUGACAUUGAGGAUGAAAUCUCCUUCAGGAGCGGCAGUAUCUACUCGGCGAAUCGAAGGUCUUUGGAUCGCAAAAACUUUAUAGAAAAGUUAAACCUCAAAAGCCGAAAAAACAGCAUUGAUUCGACAUCGAAAUUGUACCAGGACAGGUUGUUAAAACUAAAGCAAUUUCUUAAUCGACAUAGCGUGCUCGAUAAUGCAGACGAGUCCUCAAUCGACUUCGAAGGAAUCUAUGACUGCGAUUUACUGCUGUACCCGUAUGCAGAAAUCUAUGAAAACAAGACGAUCAUCACAGAAGUCAAGCGUCCAAAUGUAUCUAAGGGAAUUAAGGAAAAUUCGAGGCCCACUCCAAGACCUCCAGAUGAUCAGAUAAAAAGUGAAAAGCCCGUUUCGAGAAACACCGCCUGCAUUAUAUGUCGAACUAUAAGAGGAAAUCAGGGUGAAAAGGAAGCACCUUUCAUGGAGAAGAUGAGAAAAGAACAGAGGCGUCGGGAAUUAUUGGCAUACCGAGCGAGAAUGGAAGAGCCCUGUAUUAAAUCUUGUAACUUUCUGCCCGAGGAUCUAAACAAUAAAACUGGACGUAUUAACAUGCACGAUCUCGGCAAAAAAGAACUAUACUCUCUGGAAAGUAGCAUAACUCUUUUCGGCAAUGCUAAGACAAGCAUAUCUCUAUAA